AUGCCUUUCGAGCUCUCCAGCUGGCAUGCGCAAUGGCUCGGUCGACUGCGCUCCGCCCUUCGCCUGCUGGUCAUCGUGCUCAGCGGCGCCGUCAUUGUCUUCCUUGUCCACACCCUCGAGAUUUUCCGCGGCAACCGCUACAUCGACCUCCGCAAAAAUGAGCUGCCCAUGACCUGGCCUGCCCGCACCAAUCUUGCACCCACUCUCAUCCUCUUCGCCGUCGCCGUCGGCAGCUUCAUCGCCUCGGUCACCGUCGUCGCCUUAUCAUUCAAGCGAUCCUUCCGCCGACCGACUCGAUCCGCCGGCAUAUACCGCGUCCUUGGCGGAUGCUGCGGAGUCCUUUUCUGGGUCAUCGCGAUAGCUGAAUUUUCCAUACUCGACAGAGCCAGCAAAGCCAGCCUGGGCAGGUAUUCCUGCGGUAACAGCCAUAUCCUGAGCAAUGGACGUUACCAGUACCGCGCCGUCUGCGAAGAGCAGGGAGUCGCAUUCUACCUCGCCAUAGGCGCCGCAGCCGCAGAGCUCGCUACUCUCCUCACCCUUGCCGUCACCACGCCAAUUUCCCCGGACCAAUAUGUCCCGGGUCCGAAAGACGACCACGAAAAGAAGCGAUCGAUGAGCAUCAGCGGCAGCACCAAACGCUACCCAUGA